AGAGUUCGGUGCUGCCGUGGCGCUGUCCAUCCCGGGACGUGCAAUGAAUUGUGCAGAGAACGGACGGGGGAGGGACGGGGCUGCGUGUUUGUGUGUAUAUGUGUGUGUAUGUGUGUGUGUGUCUGUGUGUGUCUGUGUGUGUGAGAGAGAGAGAGAGAGACAUUUAUAGAUCACGUGUGAAACUUGAUCUCCCCGCAGUGGACUCAGAGGAAAGAAAAAAGAUAGAAGUAUUGUUUUUAAACAGAUUUUUUUCCUUUGUUUUUCUUUUUUUUUUUCCUUUUUUUUUUCUCCCCUCUUCCCCUGCGAGGGCUGGCGAUAAAAGGCCGGAGCGGCCAGCGCCGGCUCAGAGGGAGGAAAUGCCGAAAUCGCCGCGGUUGGACGCGGCUGCGAGCGCCCACUGACCCAUCCCGGCACGGAGCGAGCUGCCGGCGCAUCCCCCGCCGUGCUUCCCCGGUCCCGCGGGGACCCUCGCGCCAUGCGGGCGCUCAGCCUCGGCCUCGUAGCCCUGACCUGUGCCACGACGGCUCUGUGCGCUGCCGGAGCCCAGCGCCGGGCUCUGGAGGGCGGCGGCCGCCGGCGCUACCACCGUGUGCAGCACGGCCACUGCAGCUACACCUUCGUGCUGCCCGAGGCCGACCCUCUGCCCUGCCCGGCAGCCCCCGGUGCUGUCCCCGGUCCGGCCAACGUGCUGCUCCAGCGGGACUCGCCCGCCGGCACUGCCGGGCACGGGGCUGCUCAGCGCCUGCGGCACCUCGAGAGGAUCCUGGAGAACAGCACCCAGUGGCUGCUGAAGUUGGAGAGCUACAUCCAGAGCAGCAUGAAGCCGGAGAUGGCUGAGCUGCAGCAGACGGCAGUGCAGAACCAGACCGCCACCAUGCUGGAGAUCGGCAGCUCCCUCCUCAACCGCAGCGCCGAGCAGAGCCGCAAGCUCACCGACGUGGAGGCCCAGGUGCUGAAUCAGACGUGGCGCAUCGAGAUGCAGCUCCAGGAGAAUUCCCUGUCCACCACCAAGCUGGAGAAGCAGCUGCUGCUGCAGACCAAUGAGAUCCACAAGCUGCAGAACAGAAACAACAUCCUGGAGGUGCGGGUGCUGGAGAUGGAAACGAAGCAGCAGGCGGAGCUGGCGGGGGCCCACUCAGAGAAGGAGAAGCUGCAGCGGCUGCUGAGCCGGCAGAGCGGCACCAUCGAGGAGAUGGAAAAGACACUGCUGGCUGCCAGUGCCAACACCAGCCUGCUCCAGCGCCAGCAGCUCCAGCUCCUCCAGUCUGUCCAGAGCUUGAUGCACCUCGUCUCCCAGGGCAGAGGUGAGCUGGGUAAGAUGGCGCAGAAGGAAAAAAAAUCUCAAUUCCAGGACUGUGCCGAGGUGCGCCGGGCGGGCAUCCGUGCCAGUGGCAUCUACACCCUGCACAUUGCCAACCUCAGUGAGCCCAAAAAGGCAUACUGUGACAUGGAGACAGACCGAGGGGGCUGGACCGUCAUCCAGCUUCGUGCUAACGGCAGCCUCAGCUUCCAGAGGAGCUGGAGGGAAUACAAGCAGGGCUUUGGGGAUGCGUCGGGGGAAUACUGGCUGGGGAAUGAGGCCGUGCACCUGCUGACGAGCCGGGUGCCCUACGCCCUGCGGGUCGAGCUGCAGGACUGGGAGGGUGGCCAGGUGUAUGCCCACUACAGGAAAUUCCAGCUGGGCAGUGAGCGGCAGUUUUACAGGCUGUCACUGCAGGACUACAGUGGCACGGCUGGGCAGCAGAGUGGCCUGGCACUGCAGGGCACCCAAUUCAGCACCCGUGAUGCUGACAAUGACAACUGUCUCUGCAAGUGUGCCCAGAUGCUCUCGGGAGGAUGGUGGUUUGAUGCCUGUGGCCUCUCCAACCUGAAUGGCAUCUACUACCCAGCCCGGAACAACAUCCGCAAGCUCAAUGGCAUCCGCUGGCACCACUUCCAGGGGCCCAGCUACUCCCUGAAGGGCACCCGCAUGAUGAUCCGACCCACCAGCUUCUAA